AUGGAUGCAGAAAAUUUUAAGCGCAAGGUUUCUGCCUUGAAAAGAAAAUUAUCAGAUAGUGCUAAGGAAGUCCAAACUAUUAAUGAGAAGGGUAGGGCAGCUCUCAAAGAUCCUGCUCAAGUGAACUUAUUCAAGGGUAUGUUUAAGGUGUUAGAGAAAUAUUUUUCCAAAUUUGAAACUCUUUGGGAUGAACUUAUUGACCUACAUGAAGAUGAAGGAAAAGUCUCAGAAUUUCCUGUCGAAGCAGAUCUGACAAUGCAAACUAAGGCCAAACGUUAUUACUACGAGGCACACACAAGCUAUGAGGCACUUAUGGCUCUUGUUCAGACAACAUCACCUCCCUCACGCCAAAGCAUUAAUCCUAAUGAAUCAGUUAUAUCAUCUGAAAACAGAUCAAAUAAAAUUUUACCUCGGAUCAAUCUGCCCCACUUCAACGGACAAAUUACAAACUGGCCUAAAUUCCAUUCUGCGACCAGAGAACAGUUUGAACUUCAACACAAAGAUAAAGAUUUUCCUGUCUUUGAUGAUCUUACAAAGUUUCUACGGGAACGAUGCCUAGCAUUACAGCUCACCCUUGGAAAUUCUCAUCAAUCCUCACAUGACAAUAACGCUGCGAAGCCUAGUGGCGCUAUUAAAGGAUAUAAUACUAGAUCUUCUAGCCGUGGUAUGCGAGCUACACUCUUGGCUAACUCACCAGGAAAUAACAUGCAAUCGAAAGAUAACAAUAAAGGUUCCACAUGCUUUGUAUGCAACAGUGGUAGUCAUACACUCUGGAGAUGUAAAGAUUUUAUGAAUGCAACAGUUGAUGAGCGACACAAGAUGUUAAAAAAUUGGCAUGGAUGUAAAAAUUGCUUGUAUGCCAACCACACUAUAGGAAAGUGUAACUCAAAGUGGACUUGUAAAUUUUGCAAGAAGAGACACCACUCGUUACUACAUAUUCCAACCUCAGCUGAUGAAGAACCGAAAGAUAAUGCUACUAGUGUACCAACUUCGUCUUUGACUGCAACUCUUCCUCAACAUAGCAACAUAUUGCUGGGUACUGUUGUUGCUGAGAUGAAAGAUGAUUCAGGAAGAUUUCAACCCAUACGUCUAGUGAUAGACUCAGGAAGUCAACAUUCCUUCAUAACUCACAAAUGCCUCACCAAACUUGGUUUAUCGACAACUCCAUAUCCAAAGAAGAUAUCGGCUAUUGGCCAGACCAUAUUUGAUGGUGCAAAAGGCAAGGCACUUUGUCAUCUGAAGCCAAAAAAUCAGGAAACCCCUAUCCUCAAAACAGAAGCUGUUGUGAUCAACAAUAUUACUUCAUACCUACCCAACUUCACUAUGCCUUCUAACUUAUGGUCGGAAUAUACCAAAUUUGAACUAGCAGACCCUAAGUUUUGGGAACCUGGACCUAUUGAGUUUUUAUUGGGCUCUGACUUGUUUCCAGAUGUUUGGCUUGGAUCUUCGAUUACUCUUCAUGAAAACCAACCCAAGCUGUUUGCAUCAGUCUUUGGCUACAUUGCUAUUGGGAGAGUUCUUGACUGUCAAUCAUCCACUAAUAUGAAUGCUUCUUUCUUCACCCUUGCUUAUGAUAAAGAUGAUAUUCAUAAUCAGCUGCAACGAUUUUGGGAACUCGAGGAACCUGCUUCUAUCCCAGUCCAAGAAAACCCAGAAGAUUUAGCUUGUGAAAAGCAUUUUACGGAGACUCACUACAGACUUGAGAGCGGCCAGUACGUUGUUCGCCUACCGUUUAAAAGUGAGCCAAAGCAUCUUGGUGACUCUGAAAGAAAUUCUCUGAAAAGAUUAUACAGCUUAGAAACAAAACUGACAAAGAAUCCUCUACUAAGGUCUGAAUACUGCAAUUUCAUGAAUGAAUACCUUGAACUGGAACACAUGAGCCCCACAUCAUCUACUUCAAAAUAUGUGAUCCCGCACCAUUCCGUUACUAAAGAAGAUCGCUCACAGAUUAAGCUCAGAGUAGUAUUUGAUGCUUCUUCCCUUACUGACUCUAACACGUCUCUAAACAACCAUCUUAUGAUAGGCCCAAAGUUACAGCAAGAUAUCAAAGGUAUCUUGACCAGAUUUAGGAUGUAUCCAGUAGUUUUUGUGGCUGAUAUAAUAAAAAUGUACAGGCAGAUUUUAGUUCAUCCCUCUGAUAUUGUAUAUCAACACAUUUUCUGGAGAUUUGAUCCUUCUGAAGCUAUUCAGAAAUAUGAACUGAAUACAGUAACGUAUGGUACUACCUCUGCACCUUUUUUAGCUUUGAGAGUCAUGAAACAGCUAGCAACCGAUGAAGUGACUGACUAUCCACAUGCAGCAAAGGCUAUUCUUCAAGACAUGUAUGUCGACGAUCUUGUCACUGGUGCUUCUACUGUUGAUGAAGCCUUGAAACUCAAGGAUGAAGUAAUCAAUCUUUUACACAAAGGUCAUUUUGGUCUAAGUAAAUGGGCCAGUAACUCUCAGGAAAUUUUAAAUGCAAUCAAUCCUUCAAAACAUAUCAAACAGAUCAACCUCUCAUCUAGUGAAGAUUCAAAUGUCAAGAUCCUAGGACUUCAAUGGAACCCUUCAAGCGACACGUUUGCAUACCAGAUUGAACAAUUUACCCCUGUGUUUACUAAAAGGGCCAUCCUAUCAGCUGUGGCAAAGAUUUUUGAUCCUCUAGGAUUCGUUUCUCCUGUGAUAAUGAUUGCAAAGUGCAUAAUACAAAGCCUAUGGAAAUUGAAGCUGGGCUGGGAUUCGGAAAUCCCAACUAACUUGAAGACUCUAUGGAAUGAUUUGACUACUCAGCUAGAGAAACUGCAACAUCUUAGUAUUCCAAGAUUUGUAACAUCUGACAAACCAUACAAAUUGCAAAUAGUAGGAUUUGCUGAUGCUUCAGAAAAAGGAUAUUGUGCUGCACUGUAUCUGAGAGUUAUUAGUGACAAAAUAACUACAAACCUUCUAACAGCCAAAACUAAGUUAGCCCCAAUCAAGACACUGUCGCUUAGAGUUGUGUGGAGCCUACCUGCUUGCAACAAUGUUCCACUCUGUUAUGGAAACCCUCAGCCAAUUUGCCAGUAA